GAAAGCGUGAAGGCAGCCAUGGGAGCGAAUUUCAAAAAAUCCCUAAUGCUAAUUUUAUUGGCGAAGAUUUGGGUCUUUGCUCAGCCGGCUUCUGAUCCAAACGAAGUGUCGUCAAUGUUUAUUAAAGGCCGAAUCAUAUCCGGAUCUCAGGCCAAGAGUGGUCAAUUUCCUUGGCAAGUGAUUUUAAAGAGAGACGAAUGGGACGAUCUGCUUUGUGGAGCAUCUAUAAUUAAUGAAAACUGGGUGCUGACAGCAGCACAUUGCACUUAUGGCUACAGCUCAAUCUUCUUAAUGUUCGGCAGCGUGGAUCUGAACGAUGAAAACGCUUUGAAUAUGACGUCUACGAACAUUUUUGUCCAUCCGAACUACAAUGACAAUUUGAAUAACGAUGUCUCGCUGAUUCGGCUGCCAGAACCACUGACAUUUUCAAGUACCAUUCAGGCCAUACAACUGGUCACAGAGUCACAGAAAUCGAACAAUUUUGUGGGCACUGUGGCAACUGUGGCGGGAUUCGGAUUGAUGGACGACGAGUAUCUGGACUAUUCGCAAAACCUUUUGUACGCUCAAGUGCAGAUCAUAAACAAUGGCGUGUGUGAGCCCAUCUUUGGCACUAAUGUCGUCUUGGACUCGACAAUGUGUGCCAAAGGCUACGAAGGAAGCAACAUGUCCAUUUGCAGUGGCGACUCCGGCGGUCCGCUCAUUACAUACAACUCGAGCACCGGACAAUGGCAGCAGAUCGGUAUUAAUUCGUUCGUUGCUGAGGAUCAGUGCACUGCGAGCUAUCCUUCUGGUUACGUUCGUCUAACCUCCUUCCUGAACUUUAUUAGUGACACAACAGGCGGCGUUUUAUAAAAGCUGGACGGAUUUUAGUCGAAAAGCAAUAAUAAAAGAACUGCAUAGCAAAUAACCUUUA